AUGUCAGCCCAGGACUACAUUGUCAUUGUGAAAGAUAUCGAAAAAGGCUGCGCUACAUUCGGCCAGUGGGACCGCCUCAGCACAAACAUGGUCUUUGCGCUUCCAUGGCGACUUCUGCAGCAAUGUCCAGAUGGACUGAUACCAGACGAGCCCGAAACGGUAGAAAAGUUGGCCGAAAACGAAGAUGCCUUGUCGGACUGGGACAAUGAGGACCGCGGCGUCCGGUGGGACGCAAAUUCAGACUGGACUUUCAAGUCUCUAGAGAAGCCAGACGCACCUAGUACCGAAGAAGACGCAUCUGAAGACUUUACUCCGCAACCGAGCCUGGCAGAUUCUGUCGAAGAGGAAGUCCUUGCAUACAUAGCGACAUUACACACUUGCCAGAAGCCUUACCCGCAUGUAUUCCCGUUAGUGCUCAGGAAGGUCCCAAGGCGCCUGAGCUGCAGACGGAAUACUCGUGAUCGCAUCGAUGCCUUUCGGAGUCUUAGAGCGUUUACCAGAUCACGAUUUGGAAAUGGCUCUUCAAUGCUAAGAAACGAGCUUCUGGUGAGCCAAAACGAAGACCACGCAACCACGGAUAGUGAUGUUGUUAAACUGGACUCAUUCAGGUUAGCGCAUCUUUGGUACGAGCGUUUUGACUCAAGGGCUGCGGAGUACGAUAUGACGGGCAUCAAACUGCUCGAAGAAGAACCUGGCCAGAUAAUAGUCCGUGGUCCUAGAAGCUUAGCACAAGAAGAGUACUAA